AUGUCCAUAAAUAUAACAAGAUAUCAAAGUCCAAGAAGGACUAAAAUAUUAUUAUUUAUUAUUUUUAUUAUAUUUACUGUUUCUGAAUAUAGUCAGAUUGUUAAUUGCCAAACUGGAUGUUCAACAAACUGCGACGACAACAACUCAUGUACGAUGGAUACGUGUAGGAAUGGAGAGUGUCAACAUCAACCAUUGCCAUGCGAUGAUUCAAACCUUUGUACUAUAGAUACGUGUGAUACACACUUUGGCUGCGUGCAUACGCCAAUCAGUUGCGAUGAUGGUAGUCUGUGUACAUUUGACAGCUGUUCCAACUCGACUGGAUGCGUCCACACGCCAAUCAGCUGCGAUGACGGCAAUGCCUGUACAAUCGACAGCUGCUCCAACAGCACAGGAUGCGUCAACACGCCAAUGUCAUGUGAUGACAACAACCCUUGUACCAAAGACGUGUGUCUGCCGGACAAGGGCUGCGUCAAUGAGCGAGUGCAGUGCGUCAACACCAAGGGGCCAUGCUUCGACACGAUUUGCGAUACCAACGUUGGCUGUUACCAUCGCCAGCGCGUCUGCGACGACAACAACCCUUGCACAAAGGAUCGAUGCACCAACUCGACGGGCAAGUGCAGCUUUACGCCAAUCGUCUGUGAUGAUCAUAAUCGAUGCACGAACGAUCUGUGCGACGCCAAGAAGGGCUGUGUAUUCCUGCCGAUGGCAUGUAACGACAGUGACCCGUGCACAGUGGAUCGAUGUGACAAGGACAAGGGAUGCGUGCACACCCCAUUGGACUGCGACGAUCAUAACAUGUGCACAGUGGACAGCUGCUCAUCUAAAACCGGUGGCUGUGUGCACACCCCAUUGUCCUGUGAUGAUGGUAAUCGAUGUACAUUGGACACGUGUGAUCCAUCCACAGGCUGCGUUCAUACACAUAGGAACUGUGACUCUAUACCCAAG